CCAGCUGACGAGGAUAAUGUUCAGUAUAAGCAACUGACUCAAAGAAUUGCGCAACAGAUAUUUCAUAUCAAUGGAAAUAUAUCCAGCAUGGAAAGACUCGUAGGACUCUUGGGUGGUCCUCGAGAUACAUCUGAAAUUCGAAGCAGCCUUCAUGACGUUACAGAAGCGACUCGUGAUCUCAUAAAGAGUACAACACAAGAUUUAAAAUCGUUAUCGACAUAUAAUCAAAACACGCGUCAACGAAAACUAGAGCAACAAAAGCUCUCUAAAGACUUUCAAAAAGUAGCUAGCGCUUUCCAAAAGGCACAAAGGAUAUCUGCAAACAAGCAAAGAGAAUGUAUCAACCAAUCCAAAGAUAUUACAGUCAGACAGUUGGAUACCCUGUAUUCUAAUGAAGAACAACACCAACAGCACCACCACCACCAACAACAACAACAACAGAUGCAAUUGAAUGCGUUGGAUAAUGAGAUUGAAUAUAAUGAACUAUUAAUAUCCGAAAGAGAAGCCGAGAUUCAAAAUAUAGAAGAUGGCAUAGUCGAGCUAAAUGAAAUAUUCCGUAAUAUGGAUCUCAUUGUAAACGAGCAAGAAAGCGGGAUACAGAGUAUCUAUGGCAACAUCUUGAGCGUUGCGCAAAAUACCAAACAGGCUGCAGAUGAAUUAAUGGUAGCAGAUCGAUAUCAUAGAAAUGCAAGAAGAAGUAUGUGUUGGUUUAUGCUCAUUAUCACUAUUGUUGGCAUCUUAAUUGCAUUGAUUCUUGUCAUUGCAUAA